CUCCUGGUUUUCUCCAAACAUCUGGCUUUCCGCCUCUGUUUAACCCGUCAUCCAACUUAUAUUUCCCUCGCCGAUAUUCUAUAAAACCCAUCCCUCUGGUCUUUCCUUCUCCAAACCAGAAAACACACAAAACCCAGAUUUCAGUUCUCAAUUUCAUCACCACCCACAACGAAAAGUCUUUAACUUUAGGCAUCACAAAAAUCAAUCCACCAAAGAUUAAGAUGAGCUCAUCUAGCAGAGCAUGGAUGGCGGCGGUAGCAGUUGGAGCAGUAGAGGCGAUGAAAGACCAAGGCCUCUGCCGAUGGAAUUACGCCAUCAGAUCAAUCCACCAGCACGCCAAGAACAAGAUUAGGUCCUCUUCAAUUUCCCAACAACAACUUAAACCAAGACAGCUCUCUUCUACUUCUACAUCGGCUUCUCAGGGCAUUGGGGGAACCAGGAAAAUGGUUGAGCAAGAGAAGGCGACGAGAGCAGAGGAGUCUCUUAAGACGGUUAUGUACUUGAGCUGUUGGGGUCCUUACAAUUAGAUUACAAAUUUAGACUUUAGUGCCCCAGAACUAUUCAAUGUGAGCGCUAUGUAAUAUCGAAUUUAACUUGUAAAUGAUGAGUUGAUCUAUUGAUUAUAUGAGAGGGUUGACUAUGAAAUGUUGUGUUACAAGUUACAACUGAUCAGAUCAUGAUCCUCUUUUGAAAUUCCACUGAAUUUGUUUUGUUUACCUAUAUUAUUUUCGGGCGGCUUUGUGAUUUCUAUAACUAUGAGGGAAAAGGGUUUUGAGAAGUGGAAAGAAAUAGAAGGCUCAAAGGAUUGAUAAAAGGAACUAAAUUUA